AUGGCCCACCCCCAGGAGAUGGAGGUAGAGGGCACUCAGGGAGGGGAGGAGGUCUCGAGGGACCCCUCCGUCGACCUACUUCUAGGUCAAUACGCCUUGAAGUUCCGAGACACAGUCGAGGAUCUUCCUGGCAAUCUCGAGGUAUUGACCACCUCCAUUGCGAAGGCCACAGACUGGGUUCUGCGGGCCGCGCACCACAAUCUGCUCACCAUCGAUGGUGGCGAUGCCUUCGUGGCCCAGAUGACGUCCUUCGUGAACGCUGUCAUGGUCACUGACUUUAGUCGUAUUCGUGGGCCAGGCGAACUCGAUAACUUCUCGCUCACCUCUCUCCUCGAGGCUGAGAUGUCUUCCAAGGACAAGCUGACCAUCCACCCGGCUCCUGUAUUCAGGCCUCCUCCUCCUGCUGCCUGUGGGCCGCUCGAUGAGGGUGUCGCUGAUGUAGGGGCUCCACCCGAUGUCCUCAUGCAGGCUUUGGACAACCUUGGUCGCCCAGCCUCCCCGCCUCGCAUCCCCGCUUCCAAGAAGCGUAAGGGUGUUGAUCGCCCGGUCCCACCACCUCCUCCUCAGAAGAGCAAGGUGGCCUACUCUUGCCCUGGUCUGCCCCUGCCGAUCAACCGCACUACCAAACCCAAGCCCCGUCCAACAACGUGGGCAGGGAUUGCACAACAGGCCGCUCCGAUGCCUCCCCCGCCUCCUGGCUUGGGACCGCAGCUUCGGCCCCACCCGGAAGCAGGUUCUCGUGUCGCUCGGGGGUACCCCCCCGACCUCACGAAAUUCUUCACCGAGUCGGCUGUCCGUGCAGCCAACGGGUACCUAAGGGAUGGUCAAUCUAUGCUAAAGGUCACCUCCAUCGUCCACGCCUACGACGGUUUGUCGUUGGUCACCCCCGCUGUUGCCAGCUCGUCUGACCUGGACAUACUGUGCAACUUCAUCCGUGAAAGCCUCCCAACGGGUACUCCGUUCGAGGUUGCGCUUCCGUCGUCGACAUCUUUCAUAAAGAUCCUCGAUGUUCCCUACUUCGAUCUGAAAGGGUUGAAGAUCACCCAGGAGGCGCUUGAAAAGGCCCUCCGUACCUCGGUUCACGCUGAGGUCUUCGCCUAUCUGAGCACCAAGCCUCGGAUUGACCGCAACUCGGCGCACUUGACAUCGUGCACCGUGUAUUGCAACAUCUGGGACUCCCAGCAGGGAACCCGCACCAAGAAGGCCUUAGGCCAACUGAUCUUCCUUGCUGGGCGGUCCUGCGCAAUCAGGCCCGCCGCGGUGAAACAACUCUCUUGCCCUAUCUGCUCGGGUCCGCAUGAGCAGAAGGAGCACCGUCAACAUGCGGGAUGUUGCAAGGGCAACGCGAAAGCGAAACCCCCUGUGCCGCCCACCCCUCGUGACCAGCCUUGCCCCCACAAGGGCCGCUGUGUCAAUUGCCACAAGGACCACGCUGCCAACUCGGCAUCGUGCAAGUUCUGGGCCCAUCGCUACGACCGUGAGUGGAUCAUGGCCGAGUAUCGUCAGACUAAUGUUGGGAAACCAUCAGGAUCUAAGUAUAUGGAGGGCGAUGAGGUUAUCGGCGCACCAAAGCAUCCUGAUUGGCUGCAGAUGGUGCACAUUAAGGAAGGGGAAGUUCCCCGCGUGCUUGCCUAUGUUUCGACUAGGCUCUCCCGCUAUCGUCCCACUAUGCGUCGCGACAUCGUCAACCAUCGCGACAUCCUCGUCCUCUCCCUCUUUAGCAGGGGCGAGGUUCUUAACUUAAUGAACGUCUAUUCCGACGAUCAACACACAGCCAUUGAGCACCUUGCUGCUAGUGUGCAUUCUUUACCACCUUUCAUUUAUAUGGCUGGUGACUUCAACUGCGUGUCGAUGAAGUGGGAUGACUAUGAGCAUGGCGAGUCGUCGACGGCAAUAUCACUGCGGGAUACCGCAUCUCAGAUCAGCCUCGAGUGGGCACGACCUUCUAAUCAUGGACCGAUGAGGAUCAGUCCUAAUCCAAACCAGAGAUCCAACGUGUUGGAUCUUGUAUUCUUAGCUCCAUCUGAGAUUCUAAUCUUGAUGCCCAGAUUGGAGCACACUCUCCAGGGUCCGUCAGAUCAUGUCCCGAUCUGUACAGAUCUUGAUAUCGGUCCCGAACCGCCCGGAUCUGGCGAGGCUGAGAAGUCUUUCAUUUCGGACAUUCUCCGGGAUCUUGCGGCUAUUCCUGUUGCAGCCCCGGCAACCAAGGAAGGCGUUGAAGCUUUAGCCGAUGCUAUUGCGACAGUGUUCUUGGACGCAUGGCUUGCCCAUUCGACCGAGUCCAAACCUACCAAGCGCUCCAAGUCCUGGUGGACAGAAGAGUGCUCGGAGACAUUUGGAGUAUAUCAGUUGAGCCGCUCGCUCGCUGACUACAACAAGUUUAAGAAGGCGUGUAAAGAUGCCAAGCGUGAUUUCUUUGAUGAACGCAUCACGGAAAUCGCUACCUCUCGCAAGCGCCCAUGGGUCCUGAUGGAGUGGCCUUGUCAUGAUAUGGACGACCUGUGGAACACCCUUCAUGGCACAUACAACGCAGCCUCGGGUCGUGAGUAUGAUGCCUCCGUCUUAGACGAGCUUCCCGAUGAGCCAGUCUGUGAGUGGGCUGACUUCUUGGAGCAUGAGUUGUUGAGUGCCCUUAAGGGGUGCUCCAACUCCUCUGCACCAGGACCGGACCACGUUACAUGGGUCCACCUAAAGGAGUUGCUCAAGGAUAAACAUGUCCUUGCGCUCUUCAUCGUGCUGGCCAACGCUUGCCUUCGGGUGGGUCAUUGGCCGCGUAUAUUCAAGGAGUUGCUAUCGGUUAUCAUUCCAAAACUGAACAAGCCCUCCUAUGCCAUACCGAAGGCCUUCAGGCCGAUCGUACUCCUCAUCACUUUCAGUAAACUUAUCGAAAAGAUGAUUGCCAAUAGGAUACAGUUUGACGCCGUCAAGCAUGAUAUCUUCCAUCCCAACCAACUUGGCGGUAUCUGCCAGAGGUCCACUGAGGAUGCUGCAUUGAUUCUGACUCAUCUCGUGCGAGCAGGGUGGGUUAAGGGUCUCCAGACUAGCGCGCUGGCUUUUGACAUUGUGCAGUUUUUCCCUUCUAUCAACCAUGAGAUGUUCAUGGCUGUUCUUCGCAAGCAGGGGUUCUCGCCGGUUCUGGUGGAGUUCUUUGCUGCCUAUCUUAUUGGUCGUUCCACAAUUUAUUGUUGGAACACCUUCCAAUCUGACCUGCGGUCUGCGGACGUGGGUGUCGGGCAGGGCUCGGCUCUCUUGCCUGUUAUCUCUGGGCUGUUCAUUGCUCCGGUAAUGAAGCUCUUCUAUAUCAAGGCGGCGCCGCUCAACACAAUGCUGCUUUCCUUUGUGGAUGACAGGACCAUCCUGGCCCAAUCCAAACAACUUGAUGAUAAUAAUGUGGGCCUGCACGCCUACAAUCCCUCGCUGGAUUUGGGGUACGCCCCGCAUACUGGCGCUACUCCUUUGAAGCCCAAGACCUAUUGGAGGUACUUGGGCUUCUACUUUGACCGUGGGCUCACGUUUCAUGAACACGUCCGCUACUAUGCCACUAAGGCGUUCACCACCGUGCAGGCCAUGCGCAUGCUUGGGAACUCCACUAGAGGUCUCUCGCCUAAACAGCGCCGCCUCUUAUAUUCGCCGUGUGUAGUUCCCAUUGCCACAUAUGGCUAUCGUCUCUGGUAUUUCGACGGCACCUGUAAUAAGGGCUCGAUGAACCAGCUAAAACGGAUGCAGCGAAAAGCUGCUCUAUGGAUUACUGGUGCCUUCCGCACCUCACCCACAGGCGGUCUUGAGGCCCUCGCUGGCCUCAUCCCCAUUCACCUCAUGCUGAAGAAGCUGGCGACACGCGCAGUGUAUCGUGUCGCCACCCUCUCAGACACUCACCCUCUUCGCUCCAUGAUGGGCGAGGGACUCCUUAAGCGGGCCGCACCACACGCCCGCUCAGCCGCCUUGAUGACCCCAGCUAUGCAAGGGAAAGUCAAGAGCACCGUUAUGGAGGUGGACAAAUGUGUCCACACCUUAACUGAGAGCUUUGAGUGCUUUGCGCCCAAAGCUCGCCCAGGCGAUCGGUUACUGGACCACUAUGCGGACCGUCUCCACUUUGACGAGCGUGAUCCCACUCAGGAUAGGCGCCCAUAUCUAGACGAGCUCAUUGCGAGAGCGAGGGCCGACCCACUAACAGUACUGGCUGCAACUGAUGGCUCUGUCCCUCAGUCCAAUCAGUAUCAGGCAGCUUUGGCUGCCAUCAUCUACAAGGGACAUCGUGAGCUCGACAGGACUCAUUAUGUCUCUGGCAGAGUUACUGCCCCAGAUGCGGAACUCAAUGCCAUCUUGUGCGCAGUGCGCCUUGCUGUCAAGCAGGCAAACUGCCAACAUAUUAUGGUCUUCACUGACUCUAUGGGCUCAGCCCAUAGAGCGGUUGACCCCGGCGUGCAUUCUGGUCAGGCUUUUAGCCUGUCAGUUUGUCGCGCUCUCCAAGAGUGGUUCGAAGCAGAUGACCUCUGCCGCAUCACCUUCAUUUACGUCCCGUCCGCUCUGCAGUGGGAUAUCCAUGGUGUGGCACAUAAGUACGUCACCAAGCUUAAAGUCAGGGUUGAACAUCGGAAGACAGACAAUUCUAUAGAUGCGCUUCGCUCUCGAGCUGCGCACUCAGUCCUGGACUCAUGGGGUUCCACUUUCCAGGAUCCAACCUACCGAGGCUCUGAAUUCCUAGAGCUUCAACAGCCUGACGGGCGGCCGCUACAGCCAUCGUACCUCAGUGGGGGACCUUGGCUUUCAACCUUUGGACACAGUGUCACUGAGUUCGCUUGCAUUUGCCGGUGUAUAACUGGCCACGUGCCCAUUGGAGCGUAUUACCAUCGCUUCAAGAUUAAUGAGCCUCAUGGCUGCACUUGUGGGGCUGCUUUGCAGUCUCACCAGCAUAUCCUCUUUCGCUGUCACGAUCGCUACUCCGUGCAUGACCCCCGCUUUCUUGGGGAUAUUGCAUCUUUCAUGAAGUACAACCCCACAGUGUUUGGCUUCAACCGGGACCCUUCAGGUGUCGGGUAA